AUGCAGUCCCAAUUAACUGAUCACUUUAAUCGUAUUAAACAGCAAAGCGAUGUUGCUGGCACUCAUGUGAAUGAAUCAAACACUGAUGAUACCUACGAAAUAAGCCAAGCUCUCGUGAGUGCUCAAAAUGCCAUCUUAACUGACGUGUCACUAUUCCACCAUGAAUUGUUUCCUCUGUUUCGUGAUAUUCUCAUUGACCUAUUAAAGAAAUGGAAUAAUGAUGAUGCGAAUUUAAAUAAUAAUGAAGCAGAUGUUGCAACACAAAUUAGCGCACUCUUUUGGCAUAUGGUUGAUAAUGUUAAUGAUUCAAAUGUUGAAAUAUUUAAAAUACUUUUGCUGAAUAAGAUACUAGUUGAAUCAGUUAAACAAUGUAUAGAUUCAAUAGGCACAAAUGGGAAACAUUUCAAUGUACCAGCUCUGAAUACCAUCAUCAACGGACUAAGAAAAUUGCAAGUGAUAAGAAAAGAAUUACAAGAUGAGUCAAUGUUGCUGUGUAUCCUAGAAUCAAUUGUAAAAUGUUUAUGUUCGACAACCUACCUUGAUAUAUUCAAACAACUUCAAAUUGAAUCGUCUCAAUUAACGGCAAUUGAAGUAUUUCUAUUGGUAACGUGUCCAGAAUACAUUAUAUGGUACGACGGUGAACGUAAAGAAGAUAUAGCAGCGGCUAUAUGUGAUGUGAUGUUAGAUCGUUACAGUAUUAUAUAUCAACAAUUUACGCCACUGUUAUCGAACUGGAACAAGCCAGUCGUACAAGCUUUACAAUGUAGUUCGGGUAUAUUACAAUAUUCUAGUUCGUUUGAUCCACGACAAAAAUCGCCCGA